AUGCCGCCCUCUAGUCGGGGAGGAGACGACAUACACAUCGUACAGCAGCCCAAUCUAUUCUCUGUGCUCUUGUCGGCGAUAUGGAAGUUUGUUUCUUCAAUCCUGCAGGAACGUGCCUUCUUCUGGUAUCUCUUUGUGCCAAUAAUGGUCUUUGAACUAGCGCUGAAUGCUUUAAUCAUAUGGAAAAUACCAUAUACAGAAAUUGACUGGAUUGCAUACAUGCAAGAAGUCGGUGGUUUUCUAGCUGGAGAACGCGACUAUACCAUGAUGGAAGGUGAUACUGGUCCACUAGUGUACCCAGCUGGAUUCGUUUACAUCUACUCAGUCCUCUCCAUCGUCACUGGAUCAGGCACAUCCAUACUCUUAGCUCAAUGGCUGUUUGCAGUACUGUACAUGACGACUCUAGCAAUCGUUCUCCUCAUAUAUCGGGAAUCACGACUCGUGCCACCUUAUGUCAUCAUCCUAGUCUGUUUGUCACGACGGCUGCACUCCAUAUAUGUGUUGAGACUGUUUAAUGAUGGUUGGGCAAUGCUGUUUUUGUAUCUGGCUGUCUUGGCUAUGGUUUGGAAACGGUGGACGGUGGCUUCUAUCUUGUACAGUUUUGCAAUAUCUAUAAAAAUGAACAUUUUGCUAUUUGCACCAGCCUUUGCUUUAAUUAUAUUCAAGGCACAAAUGUGGACUGGAACCAUAUUUCAAGGCCUACUGGUUGUGCUCGUGCAAGUACUACUAGGCCUACCCUUUCUUAUCCACGCCCCGAAAUCCUACCUGACACAAGCCUUCCAAUUCAAUCGUGUAUUCAUGUACAAGUGGACUGUAAACUGGAAGUUCUUACCCGAAGAAGCCUUCCUAUCACCCAUGUGGGCAGCAAUCCUGAUAUGGGCUCACGUCUUGACUCUCUUUGGGUUUCUCUUGUGGCCUUGGUGUAGACGUGAAGGCGGAUUCAGAGCUUUGCUGAAAACUGGAUUUGGAUUGUUGCCUGCUGUAGAACUGUUUAAGCAGCCUCCGCUACGUUCAGAUCAUAUCAUACAUCUGAUGUUUACAUGCAACUUUGUGGGCAUAGUGUUUUCCAGAUCACUGCACUACCAGUUCUAUUCAUGGUAUUACAUGGCGUUGCCGUAUCUGCUAUGGAGAACGAGAUUUCCUGUCCUCUUAAGGCUAGUCUUGUUAGUAGUCAUUGAAGUAUGCUGGAACAUAUAUCCAGCAACAGCCAUAAGCUCUGCAUGUCUGGGGAUCAGUCAUCUCGCUGUGUUGGUGGGUGUAGCAUAUGGCGAUGGGGAAUUGGACCGUAAGACAGAAGACAAGGUUUUAGAGGAUGGAUUCGAUGCCGUGAACAAGGGCGAUUGA